UCAUCCUCUCUACCCGCCUCCUCCUCUCUACCCUCCUCCUCUCUCUACCCUCCGCCUCCUCGCUCCCUCUCAUCUCCCUCCGCUCUCUCAACCCUCGGCUCUCUUCGCUGGCUGCUCAGCUGUAGCUCGUUGCUGUUCCCCGCCGGCUUCUCCUCACGCCUUGCCUGUGCCCUCGUUGUUGUUGGUGGUGGUGAAGGAGGAGGAGACGGUGGAGGAGGUGAAGGAGGAGGAGACGGUGGUGGUGAAGGAGGAGGCGGCGGUGGUUUUGGAGUCUGGGGCGGAGCGGCGGCUGAGACGCGAAUGCGGAAUUCAGACUAGAUGGACGAGACUUUGCCAGUCAUCUUAGCGCGCCCCAUCCACCGCGUCACGGCUCCUCAGGCUCCACCGCGGCAGACCACGGCACCAGGAAACUAAACGCAGGCCGUGCCGCCAUCGUCUUGCGGCGACGCAUGGGACGCCUCCGCCAUCGGACGGCACGGGACGACCUGGGCGGCCCUCGCCGGACGGUCAUGAGGAGCGCGGAGCCGCGCUCCCACGCUCUACCGUGAUGGACGGCGACGGUCCCCGCCCCUCCCGGCUGCUGGCGGCGCUUGCGCUGGCGGCGCUUGCUCUGGCCGCGCUCCCGGCGCACGGAGCGGAGCACGGCUCGGUGGCACGGCACGCCAUCAAGCUGCACCGUGGGCGUGAGGCGGCCGCACGAGCUGUCCGUAGCGGUGGCGGAGCCAGCGGCGGCAUUAAACAGUGGGCGUGCGGCCGGCUGGCCACCCUGCUCAAGCACAAAGCCCAGGUGAUCCGCAAGCUCAACUCGGCGAUCGGCGUGGUGGAGAAGGAUGGCAGGAUUUCGCCGGAGGAGAAGCUCUUCCAGGUGCACACGCUGGAGAUCUUCCAGAGGGAGCUCAACGACAGCGAGAGUUCCGUGUUCCAGGCCAUCGCGGGCCUGCAGCGCGCACUGCAGGGCGACUUCCGGGACCUCCUCAACAUGAAGGAGAGCAGUCGCCAGCGGUUGGAGGCCCUGCGGCAGGCGGCCAUCAAGGAGGAGCAGGAGUACGUGGAGCUGGUGGCGGCGGAGCGGCGCGAGGCGGAGGCCCUGAAAGUGCGAGCGCUGCGCAACCGCAGCCUCUCCAUGCUGGACGGCGUGCUGGAGGACGUGCGGCGCGCCGCCAACCGCCUGGAGGAGCGCAUCGAGGAGCACGUCUUCGACAACCAGGAGAUGGGGAAAGGCGCCAACGUGGAGGCGGUGUGGCGGCUGGAGGAGCCGGACGAGGACGGCGUGGGGAACAUGUCGCGGCGCGAGGCCGGCGGUGAGGACCUGGGCCUGAGCAUGCUCAUCGACUCGCUCAACAACCAGUACGUGCUCACCAAGCCCCGCGACUCCACCAUCCCGCGCUCCGACCACCACCUCAUCACGGACAUCGUUGCCAUCGUCCUGCUGUCCCUGCCCUGCGGGUGGCUGUGCAUGCUCAUGGGGCUGCCCUCAAUGUUCGGCUACGUGGUGUGCGGCGUGCUGCUCGGCCCCUCCGGCCUCAACGCCAUCAAGGCCAUCGUGCAGGUGGAGACGCUGGGGGAGUUUGGCGUCUUCUUCACACUCUUCUUCGUGGGGCUCGAGUUUUACCCGGACCGGCUGCGCAAGGUGUGGCGCGUCGCUCUGCAGACCCCGCUGGCCAUGAUGGUGCUGAUGCUGGGCACGGGGCUGCUGUGGGGCCACGUGCUGCACAUCCCACCCAACCAGAGCCUCUUCAUCUCCGCGUGCCUCUCGCUCUCCAGCACGCCGCUCAUCUCCAAGUUCCUGCAGGCGGCCGGCGCGCGGCCCGACAAGGAGGGAGACGGGGACUACAGCAGCAUGCUGCUGGGCAUCCUGGUGGUGCAGGACAUGCAGCUGAGCGUCAUCAUCGCACUCAUGCCCACGCUCGCGCAGGCCGGCACGGCACACCCCGCCAGCGCGCUGUGGGAGUGGGUGCGCGUGUCGGGGCUGGUGGGCCGCGUGCUCGCGUCCAUGGCCGGCGUGCUGCUGCUCUGCGUGCUGCUGCGGUCGCGCGUCAUCGGCCCCUUCUACCGCCGCCUGCACAGCGCCAGCGCGCGCGCCGGCAGCCCCGAGCUGCUCACGCUCGGCCUCUCCGCGUUCAUCUUCGCCAUGCUGCGGGUGACGGAGGCGCUGGAAGUGUCCAUGGAGCUGGGCUGCUUCCUGUCGGGCGUCCUCGUCUCCUCGCUGGGCCACGUCGUUACCGAGGAGGUGAGCAGCUGCCUGGAGCCGAUCCGCGACUUCCUCGCCAUCCUCUUCUUCGCCUCAAUAGGGCUACACGUGUUCCCCACGUUCGUGCUCUACGAGUUCUCCACGCUGCUCUUCCUCACCCUCUUCGUCGUCUUUGUAAAGUUCGCCUUUGCGUCGGCGGUGCUGUGGGUGGUGCUGCCGCGGGGCAGCCGCUACCUCUGCUGGGUGGUGGCGUCGGGCCUGGCCCAGGUCAGCGAGUUCAGCUUCGUGCUGGGGAGCCGUGCUCGCCGCGCCGGCAUCGUGUCCCGCGAGGUCUACCUGCUCAUCUUGAGCGUGACGACGCUGAGUCUGCUGCUGGCGCCCGCGCUGUGGCGCCUGUCCCUCGCCCGGUGCCUGCCCCCCACGGCAGACCGCAGGGUGGCAGCGUGACGGGCAGCGGCCGCCACCGCAGCGGGCCGCGUGGCCGCGGCGCAGGCCGCGCCAGAGGGCCCACGGCACUCCUGACCGGCAAUCCUCGCCGACACUCCUUAACCGACAUGCCACCGUCCCCACAAUCCACAUUUUCAGCUUCACUCCCUGCAUCGCAACAUUUGCCACUCUCAAACUCCAUCAGACCUGCACUCCAAUCUUAAACGCCGACAGCUGCACACCACCACAACCACACCAACCGUACACCUUACACCCUGAUACACUACACAACACACCUCACACUGCACGCCACACCUCACAUUCCACACCUCACCCCACACACAGCCCCCGGGGGACGAGCGAGACUCCCUGGGGCCCCAGCAAGGCUCCGUGAGGCGCUUGCCGAGAACGCGGCUCUCAGCCGGACCCGGUCACCCCUUGUGCCCGGGAGAAAGAACGUCACAAACACAGCAGGACUCACGGAAAAGCACUUUGCUUACGCGCAGGCUGCCCCGAUGCAGGCCCUGCGUGCGCGACGGGGAAUUCCACACGAGAGAUAUUUUAAUUUGGAACCGGUGGACUGCUUUGUACAGCUCGGUCGGAACCGCCUCGGAUCAAAAUGUCCCGCGACCGGCGGCAGGGUUUCGUUUCGGUUCUCGCCGCGACAACGCCGUCGUCAGAGUCGUCGUUAGCGGAGACUGGAAGCCGGGAUCAAAUGUCCGCGAGCGGCGGCUCGCGGAGCAAACCCGCGGGAAACUGGGAACAGCGCGGCCGUGCGGACCCCCGAGUUGUGCAAUACGCGGCGAGCGAGCAGCGUGUGAGGCAAGAGGGUGCGCGUGCCAAGAGUGACGGUCGCCAUGGUGCCGCCCCCCCCCCGCCCCCUCCAUCACCUCUCGCCGCCGAUUUGCCGAUUCACGUUUGCCGCACGGCCGGCGUAGGAAUUCUGCGGAAGCCAUUGCUGUUAUUAUUGCUGUUGGGGGAAGUGGUUUCCUAUAGGUCCAAAAAUCCUGGAUGAGCGAGGUUAUUCCAAGUGUGUGU